AGGAUCAAUAAGAUCUCCAUCCAUUUGGAGUAUAUAAUUGAGCUUCUUGGUGUUGUCGGUCGUUUUCUAGAAGUUAUGAUAUUUCAGAUGGGCAUCAUCGGUAAAGCUGUUGAGCAUAAAGAACUUACAUAUGGUGAGAAAUUUUAUCAAAGUGGGUUACGAUACUUCCUUCAAAAAUGUCAAUAUAAACCAGAGUACUGCCAAAAGCUUCUUGAGGCACUAAAAAAAAAGAUCGGUACAAAGUAUUCCCGGUACUUUGAAGUUUUUAUGGCGAAAGACAAUCUUGAGCUUGUCCCUAUUUUAACAGCCUACACCAUAUUUGAGUGGCCUGUUGAUCGAUCAACUACAUUUGGUAGUAAGAAACGUAAAGUUGAAGACCUGGAAAAAGAUGAGCUUGUUUUCCUAGAGGGAAAUCGUAAAAAAAAGCUUAAGAUCCCCUUUCUUACUCUGCAUGAAAUUUUUUCUAGUCGGAAUACUUCUGUGAUCCCACCAAUCAAAGUUCUUGAUACUCUAAGCAAUGCAUUAUCCCCAGACCAGAAUGAACAUUUAACAAUUUCAGUAAUUAUGUUCCGAUUAUGGGCAAUCUACCAGAGAUUAAUUGAAAAAGGAUCAAUUGGUCUAUGCACAUGUAAGCUCUCACAACUUAUCCCAUUGCGCGAAAAUCAGAAUGAUGAACUCCUUGAGUUUGAACCUGUAUUUUCGGUACAAUCAACAAAUAAGAAGAUUGAGCAAAAGAAUUGGAGAGAAUUUAUUAAACAUCGGUCAUCAGAAUGUAUUGCUUAUCACAAUCUCCAGGGAGCCGAAUUUGCAGAUUCAUUUGUGCUUACAAACCCACCCAUCCUCAUUCAAGAUAAACAAUUGGUGGUUAGCCGUAAAAAAUUGAUGGAUGGAUAUCAGCCAAUUAUGUUAACAAAGGGGCUUGUGAAGGAAGAACACGAUAAGUGCAGAAAUGUUGGACCUCAUAUCUUCCUUUUUGUUACCGAUGCUAAAAAACGCCUAGAUGAAAUUUAUGAGGAAGAUGAACUUGUGAUAACAAUAGAAAAUAAAAAUGACUUGUUUGGAGGUCUCUUAACGCUCAGGAUAUUACACUGUAUUGAACGUGCAUGAGAUAGCAAAAAUAAUUAUAUAGAUCAAAGGUAUUUAAUAUGAGCAAAUGAAUUGUAUGAAUAAUAUGUAUAAUACAACUGUGUGUAUAAUAAACUGUUUUUUUCCGCCACAAUGAAUAUAUGUAUGUGCAACAAAAUAUGUAAUAAGCAAAUCAUCUGUGUGAUUGCUUGCAUGACGAAAUAAAUUUUACAUAUAAAUUGAGUUGAU